CACAGUGGAAUGCUAUGGUCCUGUUUCUCCCCGUGCUCUGUCUGUAGGAUACUCUACUCCUCUGAGUCUGAAAUGGUGUAGGACAAAAACGAUCACCGCGAGGCAGCUCCAAAGGGAAGACACGGGGGUGCCCGCUUAAUCUGAAGGGCACCGGAGAGCCAUUCAGAAAAGUCGGGGAUCAAAGGUCAGAAGACCCGAGGGCACCAUGGAAACAGAGCCAGGGCCCCCUGCUUCUACUGCCCCAAGCAGCCCCUCUGUCUCCACUGCCACUAGCACAAACACUCCCACUACCACGACCACAACUUCCCCCUCCCCAGCCACCACCAACAGUACGAGCAGCAGUACUACAACUACCACUACUACAACUACAGCAGGGAGACAGACAGUGCCUCAAAUAUCUGUUUACAGCGGGAUACCUGACCGGCAAACUGUGCAGGUGUUUCAGCAGGCCUUACACAGGCAGCCUAACACAGCAGCACAAUAUCUGCAGCAGAUGUAUGCAGCUCAGCAGCAGCAUCUGAUGUUACAAACUGCAGCGCUUCAACAGCAGCACAGUCUUAGUACAGCACAACUCCAGAGCCUGGUGACACAACAGGCCAGUAUUGCAGCAGGACGACAAACGUCUUCACAGAAUGGCACAUCAUCCCAAACUGGAUCCACUCAGGCCACUAUCAACCUGACCACGUCUCCAGCUGCAGCACAGCUGAUCAGCCGGGCCCAGAGCAUUAGCUCUACACCCACCAGUAUUUCCCAGCAGGCCGUUCUGCUGGGCAGCCCUUCCAGCUCAACACUCACUGCCAGCCAGGCACAGAUGUACCUGCGUGCACAGAUGGCUCAGCAGAGUAACUUGGUACAGGUGGCUCGGAGUCUGGGCCGAGCGGUUCCUCAACUAAUUUUCACUCCCACUGCCACUGUAACCGCUGUGCAGUCUGAGAGUGCCAACUCCACACAGAACCAAGUUCAGAAUUUGGCCAUCCGUGGCCAGCAGGGGGCAGCCUCCUCCUCUGCACAGACACUGCAGGCUCUCAGUCUGAAGCAAAGCCCAGUGCCCAUCCAGCCUGCCUCUUUGAAGAGCUCUGCUCAGGGCACACAGGCCACUGCAGGGGGCAAACCUGGCUCCUCCGACACCCCCGUGGAUGGGUCAAAGAAGGGAGACAGCACUCCAGUCACAGAAGUACGAGCCAUUAACAUGAGCCGCAAUGUUACAGCAGUCAGUGGACAACCUCUCAUCGCUCCAGCCUACACACAGAUCCAGCCUCAUUCACUGGUGCAGCCACACAAGCAGCAGUUCGUGGUCCAUCAAAGCCAAGGAUCUCAGAGGGCAGGGGGCCAGCUGCUGCAGACCGCAUCCAUUCAACCCUCUCCGCACCCAGUCCCAGUGCUACCCAAACCCACCUCACACGCUGCCAUGACGCCCAGCCAGCAAGCCACCAUCUUCCACUCCACCAUUAGCCCUCACGCCCUGCACUCCUCCCUCAAUCACAAAGCACAGCCCGUCCAGCUCACCGCCAUCAACUUACAGAUUCAACCCAAUGCCUCUAGACUUGUCCAGGACUGUAAAGAUAAGCCCACUUCGCUUGUGGUGAGAGAGACGUGUCCUCCCUCCGCACCACAACAACAUCUCCAGCAGCAAAACAGUGUGCCCACUGCAUUGCCAUCACAAACUCCCAAAACUGUGGAGCAGACCAAAACCCACUCAGCUACACCAGCUGCCCCGCCACAAGAUAGCGGGGGCUCUGUGAAGAGGCAGAGUGCAGCACCUGGGACCCCGCCUCCAGCCAUGACCUCUGGAAAUGAGAGUGAGGCGCCCACUGUGACGGGCAGCGCGCCGCACAAUGGAGAGAGUAAACCGCCGCAGGCUGUCGUCAAGCCCCAGGUCCUCACACAUGUCAUCGAGGGCUUUGUGAUCCAGGAGGGAGCCGAGCCUUUUCCUGUGUGUGUGGAACGUCUGCCCAUCCUCAUUGACAGUCCAACCAAACAUGACCAUCAGCUGUCCUCAGACCCAGACAAAAGCCCCAUCAGCAACGCUGGCAACUCUGACUCUGAGCCUGAAGACAUCAGCCAGCCUGAAAAGGAACAAGAACAGGAACCCAAGUUGACCUGUGAGUACUGUGGCUGGGUGGACUUUGCCUAUACAUUCAAAGGAUCUAAAAGGUUCUGCUCUACACCGUGUGCUAAGAGAUACAAUGUGGGCUGUUCAAAGCGUGUUGGCCUUUUUCAUCCAGACAGAACAAACAGCCGCUGGCGACGGAGACCCCCAGGAAGACCCAGUGUUGAAGCUAAGAAACGGAAACUCUCACCUCCCCCUCAGCAGCCUCAGGGGGGCUCCGUUUCCUCCCCUCAACCUUCCCAGCCCAGUCAGGAAGAGUCUAGCCCCUGCUCAGACAUGUCCAGCUUUGAAGAGGCCCCGUCCCCCCUGUCAGCCGCCAGCUCUGGGACAAUGGCUCCAGUCCCUGCUCCAGCGCCCCCUACUGUCCACCGGCAACCUAGCAGGAACAUUGAACAGGAGAACAGCCCUAGCAGAGACACACAAACACCCAACCAGAACUCAAGCCCCAACGACCCAACCAAGUGGAAUGUGAGAGAGGUUUACAACUUUAUACGCUCACUGCCAGGUUGCCAGGAGAUUGCAGAGGAGUUUCGUUCUCAGGAGAUUGAUGGACAGGCCUUGCUUCUGCUCAAAGAGGACCAUCUCAUGAGCACUAUGAACAUUAAACUGGGACCUGCGCUCAAGAUCUUUGCACGGAUAAACAUGCUCAAAGACUCUUAGCAGUCUGUGUGCACUGACGGACAAUGACUCUAAACCUUUAAAGCAGCAGGAUGCGCCGUAGCACUGAUUAUUGAUCACAACCUCACCUCACUUUUUUACUUCUAGAUUGAAAUAAUGAAACGACUUCAAUCAGGUUUAAAGGAUGUUUGAAUAAUGCAGAUGAAUUUGAGCACUUAGUACUACCUGUUGUGUACAAUAUGUUGGUGUUUACAAAUUACCCCAAACAGCCGCAGUUUCUGUGCCAAAAGUGUGAAAGUGGGAUCAAUGGAAAGAUUUGGUGGAGCUGGAUGUAUUGACCAGUGCCAAUUUAAUUACCAUUAUUGCUGUAUUUCUAAUGUAUUGGCAAAAUGAGGAAUGUUUACUAAUUCACAUAUCAUGAACUAUCUGUGCAAGUCAGCAUAGAUAAAAAAUUCAUUACUUGGCUAUGCGUUGUGUUACGGUAAUAAUGUGCAGUGACAAUGCUAACAUGAUUUUAAACUGUCAAAUGAAUCAUGCAAACCAUAAAUUAUUUAUGGUUGUGUUCUAAUUAUGUACACAUUUGACAUAGGAUGCCAAUUUUCUCAUUCUUCAAAGACUGGCAGAUUCAUGCUGUAGUCAACAGUAGCCAGGGGCACAAUAACUGUUGAGGCUAAAUUGAGGCAUUGACACUAAGCAAGUCUGACUUAUUUCAAUGAUAUGUUUUUGUACUGUUUCGUCAACAUGAAUGGAUGAGGUGUGUGGUUGUGUGUGCGUGUCUGAAAACCAAGGAUUGAAUUCAUUAAUUUGCUCAUUUUUAUUCAGUAGAUGCUCCUUUGUCUGUCUCUCAGUAAGACUCACAGCUCUCGCAUACAAAGCUUGAACGCUGGGAAACCAUUUAAGCAGCUUCUUUUGAAACAUUGAUUUUCUUUCUUUCUGUCAUGAGGAACAAGUUGGGUUUUCCUGCAAAUGCAAGUGCAUAUAAAUAGAUUGUAUUUAGUUUUGAAGUAUUUAAGAAAAGACUAUUGUUCCAUUUGGCCCUAGACAACCAUUUAAGCAGCAUAUACAGUUUUCAUUUAUCACAACCCUUAUUUGGCACUUAAAUAGUUCAGUUUAUUCAAUUUUAUGUUAUAACAUAAAGCAUUAAAUGGUUGGUAUUUGCAGAUUGCAUGUACAUAACAGUGACUGUCCUUAAGUUAAUAACAAAAAUGUUAAAUAUUUUGAAAUAUGCAAAUGUAUAAAUACUCUAAUUGUCUGGAUUUUUUGUUGUUUUGAUGUGUAUUUGGUUUUGUUGCCUGGAAUGAAAGGUCAACUUUUCUAGAGGCUUUGUUUAUGCUAAUAUUUAUCAAAUCUUUU